AUGGCAGGUAAUACGCAAGAUUCAUCACCUCAGUCUUUCUGGGAAGGCUACAAAGAGUUUUGGGGCGAGAGGUUUUCGUUUAUGAGCAAUUAUUCCAACUUCAUCAAGCGUGAUAAACCCCUCACUUCCUGGUCUGACUCUGAUGUUGAGGAAUUCAUCGCUUCUGAUCCUCUUCAUGGACCUGUGCUGAAAACUGCUAGAGAAGCAGUGCAAUAUGGCCUCACAGGAAGUGCUUUGGGAGCAUUAUUCACUGCAGGUUUUGCCUGGAAAUAUUCGAGGAGUUUACAUGGCGCUGGUCUGUCCUUCUUAGCUGGAGGUGUAUUUGGAUGGACAUUUGGGCAUGAAAUCGCAAAUCAUUCACUACAACUUUACAGGGUGGACACAUUGGCUUCUGAGGCUAAGUUUCUGGAAUGGUGGAAAAGGAAGACUGAAGGGUAUUGA